AUGGCACUUGUGAUGCACCCUGGUGUUCUGACGGAAAGUACUUCGUCGCUUGCGACCCUGAUCCACCCACCUAUAUCCACUAGCUUGAACCAAUGGUACUACAGUGACUCUGUCACUCCACGAACCUCCUCGAAUGGCGCCUGUUCUUACAAAAGGCCAUCCUCUCCAUUCGUACAUCCACACCGUGUGACAGCACAAUCUGAUCCGCACCCUCAAGAGAGUGAUGGCAACAAGCCAUCUGUCGAAAUCCGAACUCUAUCGAACUCCCACGUUACGGAUCUCUUGAUACCUGGACAUGUCCAUCGGUUGAUUGAUUCCAUCAUCGAUGUGAUAAAUUAG